CAGCGCGUAAGUUUGUGCGGGAUGGGCGAGGGACGCCAUGACAGUCGCAUCGUAUUUUCUGUUAACAGCGAGCACGUAGGCCCUUGUCAGUGUUUUCGUGAAAUUGUUGCGCAUUUUGUCGUCUAUCCGGAUCAAAAUCGGCAGCCCCGAUUCCCAAGUUUCGCGGAGUUCGGUUUGAAUAUAUUGUGGUGGUGGAGGGCGAGGGCGCGUGGCCAUUAUCAGGGAUUUGCUUGUGGGUACCCGUGGCGAGGUGAGACGUCGAGAGGCGGCGAAAGGCGUCCCCCCCUGCAUCGGGACGCGUGUCCUCCGUGUGUACAAGACGGCCUAGGGCCGACCAAGCGAGAUGCCAGAACCGCCGACGGCACCGUACACCACGUGAGUCCACCGAGUUCCCGAGCUCUCUCGAUUAUCCCUUCAGCCCCCUCGAAUGGUUUCUACGAAUCCCCUUGCCCCGAAUCCCAAGGUACCUCCAUUUUGUCGCCUCUCGUUCUCAUUCUACCAGUCACGAUAAUUGAUGCGUCAUAUGCCUGAGAGACACCAGAAGAUGGUGCCCGUGAAUCCUCUUUCGAGCGCGGGGGGAUCUACGGCAACUACUGGGAAAUGUGGGAGCACAGCUGCGUGCUUGUACGAGCCGCUGAAGGAGAAAUGAAGUAUAUCAGAAAUACUUAGCUAGUAUACUCCAGUGAAGCAAUAUGAACAGCGAGCAGCAUGCAUUGCCAGCAACUACGCAGGCACAACAAGAGGAUGUAAAUGCGGGUCAAAGUGGUCGUCCUUCAUACCCAGGUGGUUUGGCUACAACAACUAGUCUUGGCAAUGUAGGGAGUACCCCACAUUCAUCCGCAGACCUGCGUGUAGGUACAGCCGUAGCGUUAGCCUCCUCGGUAGCUAAAUAUUGGGUCCUCACCAAUCUGUUUCCUGGACCGCUACCUCAGGUCUCAGUCUAUCACCAUUCCCACCACAACUCCUCGCACAGGAGUGGUGGAGGUGGAGAGGCAUCUUCGAAAGAGCCAGCCUCUUCAUUGAAUCAAGAAAUGGCGUUAACUACCAGUUCGCACCAUCAGUCUACACCUACGCAUCAUCAUCAUCAUACUACAGUUAGCCCUAGCAGUCAUCAUAGUUCUUUACAACCAAAUCCACAGCAGAUUCCAGUGUCUCUGCCAGGCCUUAAUUUAGACGGAGCGCAUAUACCUGCCAGUGUCAGUCACUUACAGGCAGCACAUGCACAAAUGCAACAACAAAUGCAAGCACAACAGCAACAGCUGCAUCAGCAACAACAACAGCCACAGCAGCAGCAGCAACAACAACAGCAACAACAACCCCCGCAACAGCAACAAUCUCACCAUCAAAUGCAGAAUCAUCAAAAUGCUCAGAAUAAUGGACCAACUGCACAUAAUCAAAACGCACAGAGAGACGAAAAUAAAGUGAAAGAUGAAGGUGGAAGUUGCACAACUGAACGUUGUAGCGACAAUCAAGUUCACUGUCAAGUUCAGUGUGACCUACAGUUACAAACAUCCCAAGAUUUACAACAAAGUCUUAUGCAGCAACAGCAGCAGCAGCAACAACAACAACAACAGCAACAACAACAAAUUGGUGUGAAUAUAAGUGGGAAUUCUUCAACUGAAGGUGGAACUCAAAGCAAUUCAGAAAAGCCUGAAAAGGAAAAAGAGCUACGUCAAUUGAAUAUGACACAAUUCCAAGUGCCAGAUUUAAAACCUGGAGGGCAUAUGAUGGAUGUAAGGACAGCUGAUGGUUCUGUUGUAAAAAUUAGUGCUGGAAAUGAACAAGAUUUAGCAAAAACACUCGGUGUUGAAAUGGUGCAAAAUAUGUAUAAGGUCAAUGUUGAAGAUAUUAAUCAGCUUCUAGCAUAUCACGAAGUAUUUGGAAAAUUACAAAGUGAGAUAGCAGCUGGUACUACCUUAGUUGGAAGUACAGUUCCUACUCAAACAGUUACCACUAUACAAAAUGGAACACCAAUUGUACAACAAGUUCAGCUAAAUAAAUUUGAUAUUAAAUCAAGUGAUGGUGAAGCUACUCCUGGACCAAGUGCAUCACCAGUAUCGGUUGGAAGUCAUGCUUGCGAAAUUUGUGGAAAAAUUUUUCAAUUCCGUUACCAACUUAUUGUACAUCGUCGGUAUCAUACAGAAAGAAAACCUUUUACUUGCCAAGUGUGCGGCAAGGCGUUCUUAAAUGCAAAUGAUUUGACACGUCAUGGUAAAUGCCACUUAGGUGGAUCUAUGUUCACUUGUACAGUGUGUUUUCAUGUUUUUGCAAACGCGCAAUCUUUGGAACGUCAUAUGAAGCGUCACGCUACUGAUAAACCAUACAAUUGUACAGUGUGUGGGAAAAGCUUUGCCAGAAAAGAACAUUUGGAUAAUCAUACUCGUUGUCAUACUGGAGAAACACCCUAUAGGUGCCAAUACUGUUCCAAGACAUUUACCAGAAAAGAGCACAUGGUGAAUCAUGUUCGCAAACACACAGGUGAAACACCGCAUCGAUGUGAUAUCUGCAAAAAGAGUUUUACUCGCAAAGAACACUUUAUGAACCACGUUAUGUGGCACACAGGAGAAACUCCUCAUCAUUGCCAAGCAUGUGGCAAGAAGUACACACGUAAAGAGCACCUUGCAAACCAUAUGCGCUCACAUACCAACGAUACACCAUUUCGUUGUGAAAUAUGCGGUAAGUCGUUUACGAGAAAGGAGCACUUCACGAACCACAUAAUGUGGCACACGGGUGAGACGCCGCACCGCUGCGACUUCUGCUCGAAGACGUUCACCCGAAAGGAGCAUCUCUUGAACCACGUUCGCCAGCACACGGGUGAGUCUCCACACCGAUGCGGCUUCUGCUCCAAAUCGUUCACCAGAAAGGAACACCUUGUUAACCACAUCCGCCAACACACAGGGGAGACGCCGUUCCGCUGUCAGUACUGUCCAAAAGCAUUUACGCGGAAGGACCACCUGGUGAACCACGUCAGGCAGCACACGGGUGAGUCACCGCACAAGUGCCAGUAUUGCACCAAAUCCUUCACGAGGAAGGAACAUUUGACAAAUCACGUGCGUCAACAUACAGGCGAAUCGCCACACCGAUGCCACUUCUGCUCCAAGUCAUUUACUCGUAAGGAGCAUUUAACGAAUCAUGUCCGUAUCCACACCGGCGAAUCACCGCACAGGUGUGAGUUUUGUCAGAGGACAUUCACUAGGAAAGAACACCUUAAUAAUCAUCUCCGUCAGCACACUGGAGACUCCUCCCAUUGUUGUAACGUGUGUUCGAAACCAUUUACAAGAAAGGAACAUCUUGUAAAUCAUAUGCGAUGUCAUACUGGCGAACGUCCAUUUGUAUGUACCGAAUGUGGAAAAAGUUUUCCACUAAAAGGUAAUUUACUUUUCCACAUGCGUUCGCAUAAUAAAGGAAGCAACGCUGAACGACCGUUCCGUUGCGAUCUGUGUCCGAAAGACUUCAUGUGCAAAGGGCACUUGGUAUCGCACAGACGGUCGCACUCGGACGAACGACCGCACAGCUGUCCGGAUUGUGGUAAAACAUUUGUCGAAAAAGGGAACAUGCUGAGACACUUGAGAAAGCAUGCAGCCGAAGGACCACCGACGCAAGUCAGCACACCGUCAGCCAUUCCUCAAUCUGGUGUUUUGCCUAUCCCAGCGGCAGCGGUUUUGGUCGGGCAUCCAUUGGCCCCACCAGCGCCACCUGUAGUGCCGCAGCAUACGGUUGUUGUACCCACUCCGCCAGGUGUAUUGACCUCUUACUAAACCAAAUCGAGAAAAGGAUGUGAAAGCAUUUGAUUAAAGAAAAGUGAUGAGAGUAUACAUGAUGAACGUUUGU